AGGUUUGCCGUGGUGGUGGGAGGCCUUUUGGACGCUUCCCUUCACAGAGCGCGGCAAGAAGGGGGAGCCGCUGAGCCUAGGUGACACCAUGCACGUCUUCCGCACGAACAUCGAGCAGAUCUUCGGCGGGGAACCGUCCUAUGAUGGGGCGCCGCUGGCCACCGGGGAUCUGGCCAGCGCCGGCCUGACCGAUGGUACGAUGUACCUGGGUCUGCAGAAGUACCAGGAGGGCUUUGGAGACGUGUACAAGCUUUGCUUCGGGCCCAAGAGCUUCAUGGUGGUGUCAGACCCGCAGAUUUUGAAACACAUCCUGCGGGAGAACGUCUUCAACUAUGACAAGGGGGUCCUGGGCGAAGUGUUGGAAGAUGUCAUGGGCAAAGGUUUGAUCCCCGCGGACUUUGAGACCUGGCGCGUGCGGCGGCGAGCCAUCGUGCCUGGCUUCCACCAGAAAUGGCUCAACUUCCAGGUCUCCGAGUUCGGCCGGGCGGGCCAGCUCUUGGUGAAGUCGCUCCGCGCGGCAGCAGCCGCAGGGAAGGCGGUGGACAUGGAGGAGCGCUUCGGCUCCGUGGCGCUGGACAUCAUCGGCAAGUCGGUCUUCAAUUAUGAGUUUGGCUCCGUUGAGGGUGAGAGCCCUGUGGUCAAGGCUGCCAUCCAGUCGCUGCGAGAGGUGGAGCAUCGAGCCCAGACGCCUCUUCAGUACUGGAAGUUUCCCCUCAUGGACUUGCUCGUCGAGCGCCAGAGGGAGUUCACGGAGAACAUGAAGCUCCUGAACGAUGCCCUCAACAAGUGCAUCAGCCAGGCCCUGGCCGACCGUUCGGAAGCUGAUUUGGAAGAGCUCGAGAACCGUGACUACACCAAGAUGGAGAACCCUUCCUUGCUCCGCUUCUUGGUGGACAUGCGCGGGGAGACCACCUCCGGCAAGCAGCUGCGGGAUGACAUGAUCACCAUGCUGAUCGCGGGCCACGAAACCACCGCCAGUGCAUUGACCUGGGCACUCUUUGAACUGGCGCAGAACCCGGAGCUGCUGGCACGGCUGCAGAAGGAGGUGGACUCCGUGAUGGGUGUCGAAGGCCACGAAUGCCCCACAUACGAGGACAUCAAGAGCAUGGAGCUCCUGCGGCUGACUAUGGCCGAGUCACUGCGCAUGUACCCAGAGCCGCCGCUUCUCAUUCGACGUGCCCUGGAUGAGGACACCUUGCCGGCGGGGGCCACGGGGAAUGAGACAAAGGUGCUGAGAGGCAUGGACUUCUUCGUGUCAGUGUACAACCUGCACCGCGAUGAGAAGUAUUGGCCCCACGCCAACACCUUCGACCCGGACCGCUUCAAGCGGAAGUACACCAACCCAGACAUCCCAGGGUGGGAUGGCUACGACCCGGCCAAGUGGAAGGGGCAGCUGUAUCCCAAUGAGAUCGCGGCUGACUACGCCUUCCUUCCCUUCGGGGCUGGGCCCAGGAAAUGCGUGGGCGAUGCCUUUGCCAUGCUCGAAGGUAGUGUAACGCUGGCGAUUGUGGUGCGAAACUUCGACUUCUCGUUCGCAGCACCUACUGCAGAUCCCAGCAAGGUGGGAACCUGCACAGGGGCGACCAUCCACACCAAGAAUGGAUUGUGGAUGACGGUGCGUGAGAGGGUUCACAAGUGAGAGGCUCAAGAUCGAUGCGGCAUGGGAGCUCACACC